AUGCCUGAUCCCAAAGUUCCCAACUGGUCCGGACGUGAUGAAUUUCUCGCCGACCAAUCCAGUUUUCUCAAGCAGAUGGAAGAUCUUCUCACCAGCAACAACCAUAUCCUUGUGGACGCCGGUGCUCGUACAAUUGCCUCUCAAUUGACCCCCACCUUGUCUCAUUAUCACUUUGCGAAGGACCCAGAGGCAUUGGAAUUCUUCGAGAAGUGCUUCACUCUUCUUGAGAAGCUCCAAGCCAUUCCAGGUGUUACUCCUGUUCAUUCGUACGCAUCCCAUUUACAAUUUCUUAAUGAGGUGCAAGCUUCCAUCAACGAAAAAUUGCAUAAGAAAGCGACGAAGACGGUCAAACGUCCUGGUCCUAAAUCUAACGAAUUCAUCGACUCUGAUGCUGACUUGGAUAUUAUUAUCAAUGCUCCGACCUCGCGAGCAAAAGUAAGUUUCUUGUAG